CAAGUUGAAAGAUGGCGGGAAAUUUAAAUGUAUUUUCAUGCACACAAACUCCCGAGAGAGCAUGCAUGAGAGUGCCCUUUGGUCAUGUUCUUAUUAAUUCAAAGUGGCAGAAUUCUGAAUUAGUUUCUGCGAUUCAAGGUGUGAAUGUUGUUUUUGAAGAUAAUCUUGGCUAUAUAGAUUUCCAUCCAGCUACUCAUAUUGGUGUGGUUUAUGCUACAGAGGCAGAUCUGGUAUCUCAGGCUAGUGUCAGGAGAAAACUUGCUAAACUUAGAAAGGCAAAUAAGGUUCAAGUCCUAGUAUUGGCAGAGAAGACAGGAUCCAGCAGUCAGUAUUAUCAAUCCUUGCAAAAGUUUGUUGUCAUGGAGCUUGGUUUUAUAAUAACACCUGUACCAACUCAGACUGAGGCUGCUGGACUUAUUGCUCAAAUGGUUCAUACAGAGAAUAAAUUGGAGAGUAAUCCAUUCUGUAAGAAGAGAAAGCACAAAAAUUUAGAUGAAUGUCUACUAGGGACAGUUCAGUGUAUACCAAAAUUGGGAGGUGUAAAGGCAAGAAAGCUUUUGGAAGCGUUUAAAAGUUUGGAGGCAAUCAAUGCAGCAUCUGUAGAUGAAUUGACUGGCAUUGUUGGAAAGUCUAGUGCUCAAAAUAUUAGAAAUUUCUUUGACUCAAAGCACGGAACCUGAUAACCGAGACCUCUGUUGGUACCUAUACCAAGUAAGGACGAGCUAUAUAUCAAGAUGCUGUUUUGAUUAUAGAUGCUACAGGUCAUAAGACAAGACGCAAAACUUCAAGAUUGGACUUGCACGAGUGUAUGAAUGAGGUGUUUUAUUCAAAGACCACCCACCAUUCAGAUGAAAGGCUUCUCUAAUAAUGUGCAUCUUAAUUGAAACGUUUACAUAAAAUAAAAGUCAACGAUGAUGAAAUAAAUCCUUUUGCAUGAAAAGAAUUGAAAUCAGACUUUUUUUUCCAUCAUGCCAAAACUAUUGUGUUAUUUUACAGUUAACUUUAUUUGAUUAAUUUGUUUUGUGUGUUUUCAUCAGACAGUUUUGUUUACUGGAUAGAAAUAAUUAUACUGACAUGGUUUUAACUUUAGAGUGCUUGAAAAAUUUUAAA